AUGCUUGUAUUUGUAGCAGGUUUUAUAGCUGGGCUUUUAUCCUUUCCAUUUGCAUUUUGCCUGAUUCCUUUUGUAGCUGGGAAGGCGUAUAGGAAAAGAAUGCUGACAAUUGCUGAGAGAAGCAAGAAAGUGGACAUAAGCACAGGGCAAUUGAAUGCGGUUCUUAAAAGCAUGCACAGAUGUGUUGAUGUGCAUUGGAUGAACUCAAUGCUGCAAAGGCUUUAUGUGGAGAUGUCGAAGUCGCAUGCUGUGAAGCUGAAGGUAAAGUCGGUGAUACUCAAGAAAGUUGAGUCAUCGGGGAUGAACAAGUAUAUCAAAAGCAUCGAGGUGUCAGAUAUUGUUUUGGGAAGUGAAGCACCUUAUGUGAGCAGUGUGCAGGUGGUGUCUGAUGAAGAUGUAAGGCGAAUGGCGAUCUGCAGUAAUGAAGAGGUGAAUAUGGAAGAUGUCGAAAAGCUGUCAUCGCUUGGAGAAGAAAUCAAGAAAGAUCUUGGUCUUGAUGAAGAUGCAUUCAAGCACCUGCCAAGAAGCGCCACGGAGAUUGACAUAAGGAAUUCGGUGAAUGGGAUGUGCAAAGCAGAUAAGGAAAUGCUUAGUAAUGGGCUCGAGAAUGUGAUCGAUGGGGCAGAGAUCAGUAAAAGAAGAUAUGAUGAUGCAAAUCGGAAUAAUAAUGAACAAAAGGACAUGUAUUUCAUGCAUGCAGAGUCUCAUAUGAAUACACGAGAAUCUGUUAAGUGUAAUGAUGAGCAUGGUAACGAAGCGGAGACAUCAAGAAAGGCAUUUGAGAAUCUUCAGGUGGUUUUUGGGAUUGAUUACAAAGGAGGAUUUCAAAUUUCGCUGAGCUUAGAGCUUCCCAGAAAAGUGUUCCUGAAGGUAGUAGUGAAUAUUGGUGGAAUAAGAGGGAAUGUGCUUGUGAAGAUGCCAUCAAAGAGCUAUGAUACAAGAUAUGAGUAUUGUUUUCUUUCGAAGCCUGAUCUGGCUAUUGCCGUGGAGUCUGGAAUACUAAGUUCACAGGGAAAGCUUGGAUUCCGAAAGUCAAUAUCGAAGUUUAUUGAGAGAUAUAUUAGGCAGGCCGUUUUUGGAACGAUGGUGUAUCCUUACUGGAACGAGCAAUAUCUUCCAUUUGUGAUUCCAUCGAUCAAGGAUGUGUUGCAUUCGAUUGAGAAGGUGACACCGAACAACUUUGCAGCUGAGAUUCAGAAGAUAUCCGAGGGAAUCAACCUGUAUACUCUGAUGGACUAUAAGAUAGUUGAGGUUGAAGAUGAAAUAGUGUAUAGGAGAAUAGGAUAUUUCAUUAAUGGAAGUGAAAGGAUAUAUUGCUCACAUUUUGUUAUUCCGCAGGUUUCGCUCAAAACAUCCCGCUUCUAUGGAGACAACCGAUUUUUCAAGAGCCUGUCUGUUCAGGAAAGCAGAGUUAUGAGCCUCCUGUAUAAUUGGGAGAUGUUUUCGGAUGUCAUUUCUGGAUUCAAGGGAAUGAGGACGCUACUUGUGCUUAGCUCUGAGUCUUCGCUGGUAGAAGUUGCUUUUGAUGAAGAAAGAUAUGAGUUUGUGAGGAUAGUGAUGAAGAAUGGAAUUAUAUUCCAACGGAACGAUCCUGGAAGUCCUGAAUUUAUUGCGUUCAGGAUAUCUGAGGAGGUGUUGUAUGUUUACCAGUAUGUAACAACGAGGAAGCUUAUGAUUAGCAAGAGAAGGAUGUCGAAGAUGAAGAGUAAGCUUGAGCUGAAGCCUUUUACUUCGCUAGGGCUAGCAUCAUUGUACAGACUGAUUAAGUUUUCAAAGCAAGCUGCACUUAGCUAUUUCAAAUCAUCUUCAGAUUUGUGUGACGCAGAUAACGAAGUAUGUGAAACAGACAAGGAGCAGAAUGAGCUUGAGCUCCCUAAUGCUAGAGACAAGUCAACAACCGAGCUUGUAGAGAUAUUUGAGGAUAUAAUUGCAGAUAUCCAUACGUCCAAAUACGUUUUGAAAAGCAUAUGCACCAGAGCAAUUCCUGAAAGUAUAUACAGAGUUUUAAAGCAAGAUGAGGUUCGAAUGAAACUGUUUUCUGAAUAUAGUGAAAUAUACACUGUGGUGGAGGAGACAAGUGCAAUUAGAAGUAUUGUUGUUGAGAACAAGGCUUUUAUUGAUGAAAUGGAUGGUGAAGAGAGAGGUGUGCAUCAAGAUAGGCUGGGCAUAGCAUCUAGAAGAGCUGUUGAGAAUGACUUUGUUGUGCAUUCGUAUUUUGGAGAGCAAAUCAUUGUUGACUUGAGAUUUGGCAAAGGCAAAGAUGUUUUUGUGUAUAGGGUUGAUGAGAUAGAAGAUAACACACAUGGCUAUAAAUCAAAGGUUGAGCUUUAUUACAAUGAGUCGGCAUGUAUACAGUUUCCAAACUAUUUUUUCGAGGCAUUUAUGCUGAGGAUAAAGCAAGACGAGUACAUGUCAAUUGUGUCUGCGAUUGCAUAUGAGACAUCUCCUAUAGAGAAGAUAUUUAGAAAGGAGGUUGAUGUGUAUCAAGGCGCAUUGUACAUAGAAUUUUUUACGGAUGCGCCUGACGACUACACAUUUACCGUUUAUAAGGCAAGUAGUGGAGAGGUUGUUUAUGAAAUAUACAAGGUGAUUACAUCGAGGAAGGCCAGAAUAGUUGUUCCGAGUAUAGGUGGGAAGGAGGGCGUGGUGAUCACGCUUGUCCCGAAGUUCAACAGGAACACAAAAAUCCACCACAGGAUUAUCUGCCUUCCCGAAGUAUUCAGGAGUGAAGCAUUGGUUGAUUGCAAUAUAGGGCUGUCUAAGAAUAUGAAGUUCCACUGUAUGGUAUCUGGAACAACAGAUUCUGUGAUUUUCUGGGAAAAGUGUUAUGAUGAAGAUAUCCGUGGAUAUAUAGAAGACAACACCACCAAAGUGGCAAUAACAGGAUGUGGAACAAUGAGAACAGAUAACAAGGAGUAUAGCAUCUACUACAAGAAUAAGGGAAAUAAGAAACGAGAAAUAAGGGUUUUUGUCGGAUUGAGCCUGAAAAAAGAAUGA